AGUUUUCUGGCCUGAACGGCUUAUACAUGUCAUUCUCGAGCACACCGCUCGGUCAAGACAGACGUCUCGAUCAUCAAGCUUUUCUCAAGGGCGUACCAAUCACGUACGGUACACAUCCUCCUCCCCCUAAACGCGUUACAUCUGUAAACAACCCGGUGCCUAUAUCAUACGCCUACGGGGCUCCCGAGCUGUACUCUCGAUCUUCAAGACAACCAACGGCUACUGCACAAGCCGGACGUACCCAAGGUACAGACGAUAACGAAGAAGAAUUACGACGCACGCGCUACACUCAACUGAAGCAGCGUAACGAAACACUCUCCAACCGCCCAGGUUCGUCUCUUGGUCCGGGGAUAAUCACGACACCCCCACAGCCAAACGAGGCCACGCUCAACCCCACUUCAGUUAAUAUAGCCAGUGCUUUUCACGUGGCUGCUUCAUCUUACACUAUGGCUCCCACCACCACCUCCAACGCAUGGACGGGCGUGGGCAAUCGCCCCGGCGUGCCUCGUAGUACGUCCGUGGAAUACGAACAGCAAACUCAAACGACAGUAAAUCGACGCCUUGCGAAUCCUCCGAGGAGAGUACCUGGCUCAAAACCACCGUCGGCCGCCAAAACUGUCCCGAAUAUCCGUAGUCCGAACGCAGAGGACGAGCAAGUAAGAGCGAAUGGACGUGGGAAAAGCCCGUUCGAGCACAUUUCCGAAUACGCGCAACGUGCCGUAUCGCAAGCUACGUUCUUGAUGCGGCAGCGCUCACAAGAACCCGAAGACGGCCGCCCACCUUCUCGUCAAGCCACAGAUGCGACUCUCGUUCCUCCGAAUAAUAGCAAUAGUUAUGACUACGCGGAAGAGGAAGAGGAGUUCCAGGAAAUGCAGAAGUCGGGGAAGAAGAAAGAUCUAGUACAACACAAGCGCAAUAGGAUGUCGAUGGAUAAUAAAGCUUAUCGGCCGACUGCCUCGGAUGAGGAAGAGGAGUCCGAUGAGGGAUCUGAUGAUGAAAAAAGGGGCAGGAGAAGAAAGAAGAAACGAGAUAGUGGAGGUGGUGCACUUACAAAUAUGCCAACCAUUCAGUACGAUAAGAGGAAGAAGAAGAAAGGCCGAUCAGGGAGGCCUGGAGAAGAUGACUAUAGUGUUGCGGAUGAUGAAGAACAGGCCCAGGCUAAUGAACAGCGUGAUCGUCGCUCCGCGACUCCCUUACAACGUCCACCUUCCGUUCCUCGCGGUGCUGCACCUCUCGACAGUUCAAGAAGCUACGACUAUUCUGGGACAGCCGACGGAUCAGCAGAUCUUGGAGCUGGUCUUGAUUCCAUCCCUGAGGUUGACGAACUAUCUGUGUUGCAGCCGAUACAUGAGGAAAAGUCGUUUGCUAGACAUGGUCGAACACGCUCACGCUCGCGUUCGCGGGUGCGCCAGGCGCAGAGAUCCACCAUAGGUGGACCACUCGGGAAGCUUGUAAACCUCCUAUGUGUCUCUGUAAUCCGGCUUCUCGCAGUAAUAUUCCUCUUCAUCGGCCGCAUCCUCGGAUUCAUCUUCAGCAUACUCUUCCGUGAACCUCGGUUAUUCCUUCGACGACAUCGUACAUUCGCUCGACUGGGCAUGUAUGCGAUUGUUGCUGGCGUCCUGUACCUUUCGAUCCGGUUCUUCAAGUUAGAUGAACGCUUCGAUCUCAGCCUUUUACCCGGGUCAAAGACACCUUAUACUGCUCCACAAUUACCGCCGGAGAGUGUGGAUGAACUGACAUCUCGGCUCUUGAAGCUUGAAAACGUACUCGCUAGUUUGCAGUCAGAUGCAAUUAGUGAUCGUCAUAGACUUGACAAUGAUGCUCGUCGGUCGCAGGAAAUGACCUCUCGCUUGAACCUGUUGGAGUCGCGUAUCGACAAGGAGAUAAGUCGCAUGCAGAGAGCUGGGGAGGAUGUCCGGAGUGCGGCAUUCAAGGGUCUCGAGAGUAUACAACGGGAGGUUCGUUCGCUGCAAGCCCAGCAAUCGGAGUUAUCCUCGCGACCAGAGGGCGCACAAAACGACGAGGAGGCGAGAGCGAAGUUGAAAGCACUCGAAGAGAGACUUGGUUCUGUGGAGGGCGGUGUGAAGGAGGCUCUUGAGCUAGGGCAGAACGCUGCAAAGGCAGGCUCGGCUGUUGUCGGCGCUGGCAGUGGUGCGCAUUGGUGGUCUAAGCUCGGGAGUGGCUCAACCUCUGGACUUACGAUCAAAACGAGUGAUGGCUCAGACGUGACUCAAUUAAUUAGCGGUCUCGUGGAGCAGGCUAUUAUGCAUUACACUGCAGAUGGUAUUGCCCGUGUGGACUACGCGUUACAUUCAGCAGGGGCAUACAUCAUUCCAUCUCUCACCUCACAAACCCUCGAGAUUAAGACGUCAUAUUUCUUCGGUCUUAUAUCGGGUGCAUCGUUAUAUGCGCGUUCGCCUGUUACUGCGCUGCAUCAUGAGACAGCUGUUGGGUAUUGUUGGCCGUUUGCGGGGAAGCAAGGGUAUCUUGGGGUUAAGCUUGCGACGCCUGUGAGGAUUACGGAGUUUACGAUUGAUCAUGCUUCGAGUGCUGUUGCGCUUGAUAUGAGGUCUGCGCCGAGGCGUAUGGAGGUUUGGGGGAUGGUUGAAGGGAAGGAUAACGUUGAGAAGUUACGGGCUUAUAGGACGGGGUUGCAAGCUGGGCGGAACGCUGCUGUUGAAGAAGGUCGCCCUAUCCCAUCUGCAGCAGAAGAACCUGCACGUCCGAGUAUCCUACCGAAGAGAUCGGAGUACAUUCGUAUUGCAGAGUUCACGUACGAUAUCAACUCGCCGCAGAACAUUCAGACUUUCGCUGUACCUGAGGAUGUCAAGUCGCUUGGUAUUGACUUUGGGCUGGUUGUGCUGGCUGUGAAGGAUAAUUGGGGGAUGGAGGAGUUUACGUGUUUGUAUCGGUUCCGGGUGCAUGGGGAGCGGAAGGUUGAGUUGCCUCCACCUUUAGAUUCGUCGGAUUCGUCGGAUUCGUGAUCUCUCUCCUUCACGCUGGAUUUUCUGUUUCUUAUUUUCUCUUUUUUUUUCGUCUUUAUUUCUUUCUUUCGCGUAUCUACUUACGAAUUUUUAUUUCAUUUUCAUUUAUCAUUUAUCUCUUCUCUUCUUUUCUCUUUUUUCUUCAUAACGGCAUUGGGUCUGGUUUGUGCAUAGUGAACUUAUUCCAUUAUUCUCAUCGUGCUUUCCUUGCCUUGCUAUCCUGCGCUACC